AUGACCGAAGCAACGACCAACGACCUUCCAACUUCUCCGCCCACUUCGCCAGGGGACGAUGCGGCCGCACGUCGAGCUGCUCGAAAAGCUCGCAUCUUGGGAUCGGGCACCGACCGGCUAGCUCGCAUCACCAAGACGGGAAGAGGCGACGAAGCCAGUACAUUGUACCCUCCCACUUCCCCCUCUUCCUCUUCAGCCCGAGGCAUUGCUCCGAACCUCUCGGCAGAGGCAGAUGAACAUCCAGAUCCAGAAGAGAUUGAUCUAGCUCAGUUGGCUAGAUUACAAGCUGGCGAGGGAGGCGCGAUGAGCGUCAAUCCUUUUGCUAGCCCAAGGGCUGGACAAACACACUUCAAUGAUGCGCAGUCUCCCGGAGAAGGGCAACAGGGACUUCCGUCAGGUUUCCCGCAGCUCCCAGCUGGCAUGGAGCUGCCUCCCGGCAUGGCGGAUAUGUUUGCUCAGUUUCAAGCAGCCAUGGCCGGUGGAGGAGGCCCACCCGGUUCAAGUGGUGAAGCAGGCGCUCAAACUCCAACCCCACCCGUCGCUCCAUCAGGUUCACGAACGGUGGAGAGGAUCUUUGGCUUGACGAGAGUCUUGAUAUUUGCAGCUUUUGGUGCCUACUUGGUAGCUCCACUACUGCACGCCCACAGAGCCGUGCUGGCCGGAGAGGGAGAGGCUCAUCAUGUCAACGGAGGAGCAUUGUUGCACUGGGCAAGGUUGGGGUACGAAAGGCCAAGCCCGUGGGAUGCCGGCACUUUUGGUCUUGAAGAGCUCGGACUCGGUGGCAUUGUGAGUGAUGAGGUCCUACGCGACGCACGGCUUGGCGUGGCUUCAGCGUUGGACAAAAAGUCUGCAGCCUGAUGGACUGCUUCGUGCGUCGACGGGUAGCUCACUUAGCUGAGAUCACCAUUUAUUCGCGAUUCCCUACAUAGCCCGUCUUCUACCUCUUCUUGACUCUCGAGAUCGGAUUGCAAUCGGCAAGGAUCAUGCUGAUGAGGGUGAGUCACAAGGCGAGGACAAUGUGGUGCACAGGAGUCACCUCUAACCAAACCUUGCGCGCUGCGGUCUUUCUCUCCCUAUCGCAGCACCGACCACCUCCGCCUUCUCUCCUUCAACGUUUCUCCCCUUUGCUACCCCCAGCGCUCUCCUCCAUCCUCCUCACAGGCUCUCAAUACUUGACGCUCCUGAACGCCUUCAUCAACGACUUGGCCGUCGUCAUUUUUGUGAUGGGCGUUGGAAUUCUGUGGGCUGGUUGGAGGGUAGGAUACGAUCCGUUCGGUCAAGCAGGCGAUGCGCUAGCUUCCAUCGGAUCUGCCAUCGAUCCCAACCAAUUUGCCGAUGCUGCUAGUCCGGCUGCUGUAGCUGCGUCGGCGCAGGGUGCGGUGGGCGGUAUACCCGCUCUGGCCAAAGCAGCAGCUGAGAAUGUCCUCGGUUCUCAACCCCCCUUUGAACCCCCUUACCAGGGUGCUUUGUAA